AUGCUGUCUCUCAAACCGCUCCCGCUGAGUCACAACCCUUCAUUCCUCCAUUCCUUAACCCCAUUCACUCCUCCGCCUUUCCCCAGAACCCAAACCCUAAAACCCUCUAAGCACGCCUCGCCGCCGUCGGCGAUUCAGUCGGCACUCCAGUGGAACAGGAAGCCCGAGCUAGCCGGCGAGACCCCGCGCGUGGUCGUCAUCACCUCCGGGAAGGGUGGCGUCGGGAAGACAACCACCACCGCCAACAUCGGCAUCUCCCUCGCCCGUCUAGGGUUUUCCGUCGUCGCCGUCGACUGCGACGUCGGCCUCCGCAAUCUCGACCUCCUCCUGGGCCUUGAGAAUCGCGUCAAUUACACGUUAGUUGAGGUCCUCAACGGCGACUGCCGACUGGACCAAGCCCUGGUCCGCGACAAGCGCUGGUCCAAUUUCGAGCUCCUCUGCAUUUCCAAGCCUCGAUCGAAGCUCCCGCUCGGAUUCGGAGGCAAAGCCCUGGUAUGGCUCGUCGACUCCCUCAAACAAAGACCAGAAGGCUGCCCGCAAUUCAUCCUCAUCGACUGUCCCGCCGGAAUUGACGCCGGGUUCAUCACGGCCAUCACACCAGCAAACGAGGCCGUGCUGGUGACGACUCCGGACAUCACCAGCCUGCGCGAUGCCGAUCGGGUGACCGGAUUGCUUGAGUGCGAUGGGAUUAGGGAUAUAAAGAUGAUUGUGAACAGGGUCAGGACUGAUAUGAUAAAGGGAGAAGAUAUGAUGUCUGUUCUGGACGUUCAGGAAAUGUUGGGGUUGGCAUUGCUAGGAGCCAUACCAGAGGAUUUGGAGGUGAUCAGGAGUACGAAUCGUGGGUACCCUCUGGUGUUGAACAAGCCCCCAACUUUGGCGGGAUUGGCAUUCGAGCAGGCGGCUUGGAGGCUUGUUGAACAGGAUAGUAUGCAGGCUGUCUUGGUUGAGGAAGAGCCCAAGAGAAGAGGGUUGUUCUCUUUCUUUGGUGGGUAG